AUGACUAAAGGGACUGCUUCCAAUGAUGCCGUAAUAAAACAGCAACUUGAUGCUAAACUAUCACUUUCUGGUGGAUUAAUGACCGGCAAUUUGGAUAUGAAUAGCAAAUGGAUAUACAAUGUAGUACAACCAAAUGGUGAUAAACAACCAGCUACAAAAAUAUGGUCAGAAAAUAAAUUCCUGGAUAAGUCCAGUGGAGUUAUGGCUGGACCACUAAAUAUGUCCAAUAAUAAAAUCACUAAUCUUGCUAAACCAACUGAUGAUAAAGAUGGGGUUAAUAAGAAAUACAUAGAUGAUAAUCACUUGAAACUAUCUGGUGGCACUGUAAGUGGCCAUAUAAUAUUAAACAAUGCUAUCCUUACUUCACAAUAUCAAGCAAUAAGCCGGUCCACUGGAAAUGCAUUUUUUGUGCAACUUACUAAUUCGUAUGUUUACCACAAAUUUAAUAUGGUUAAAAACAAGAUUAUUCAUCUUGGAGACCCAACUGAUGCUACUGAUGCUGUUAAUAAGCAGUAUUUGGAAAAAUAUCAUGUUAAGCCCAGCCAUUACAAUAAUGAAUUCAAGUACCUGAUGACUAAUAAAUUAGCAUUGACUGAUCUUCAGGCGGAUAGUUUUGACAUUACUAAAAUUGAUAGUUUAAUGCCCCAAGAUGGUACCUACCAUCAAUACAACCGCAAAGUUCUAUAUACAACCAUUAUAAAGGAUCAGCAAGGAGGAUACUCUUAUAAAAUGGGAAUCAAUUGA